UUUGCAUCAGUGAUGGCAACACUUGGGUUGCAGAUUAUCUUGGAAUCUCUUCGCACAAUGUUAUCCAGCCACAAGGAGUUCAGCCUAACAAAAGAGCAAGAGAGUUGGGUGGUUGGGAUCAUGCUUUCUGUUACAUUGGUCAAACUGCUUCUGGUCCUUUACUGCAGAUCCUUCACUAACGAGAUCGUCAAAGCUUAUGCUCAAGAUCACUUCUUCGACGUCAUCACAAACAUCAUUGGACUCAUUGCAGUAAUCCUCGCCAGUUACAUUGAUGAUUGGAUCGAUCCAGUGGGAGCUAUCAUUCUUGCAAUAUACACGAUACGAACAUGGUCAAUGACGGUAUUGGAGAACGUGAACUCUCUUGUUGGGAAAUCAGCAAGACCAGAGUAUCUGAGUAAUUUAUAUUUCAUAGUGAUGUAA